AUGAGCCUAAUGAGGCAGAGCCUCGUCCCCAACGAGGUCACCCUGCUGCACGGCUGCCGCAACGACGACCUCAAGGCACAGCUCGCAGAGACCGCACACCAGAUCGUCGGCACAGACUUUGACGAAAACUAUGGCGCCGACAAGUUUGUCCAGCUGAGCCAGUGCCCGAGUGUCGUCGAGAUCGUUGUCGGCAAUGACGGAGAGAAGAAGAGAGUCACCAAGGACGAGAUCGACAUGGAAGAUUGCCUGCUCCGCUUCAUGGCCAGCCGCGAUCAGGGCAGCAAGGCGGGCAGUUAUGUCUUUGUCACCACUAGUUCCAUCGUCCUGGAGCCCACUGCCCUGGAAAAGCUCUGGCUCUACCUCUUCGUCAGGGAUAACAUUAAGGCCGUCCGCCCGCUGGGCUACGACGAGACCUCGCUCAGGAACACCGUCCUGCAGGCUGAUCCCAUGAUGGCCAACAUUUCGAGGCCCAACUCUGAUCCCACCGCCAAGGAGCCGGCUCUCGUCCUGCCUAUCAUGUACCGGGAGGGCGAGUUUGAUCCGCCGACCGCCGAUGAGCUCGCCGCCGUCGCAGUUAAAACCCUUGAGAGUAACAGCACCACGUCCGAGUCCAAGCUCUACUGGAUGUCGCUCGUCACCAUGAUGUCCACCGCUAGGGUCAUGCGCCAGGCCCUCUUCACCCACGUCGAGGUUGACAAGAACAACCUCAACAUGCCCGCCAUCCGCAACAAGAACCCCAUGCUCUCGCUGCAUGCCCCAUUCAUGGACGACGAUGACCUCCCGGCCCACCUCUGGUCGGACCACGCUUUUUACAAGUGGUCCGCUCGCAACGAGGAGGACGAGAUCUACGCCGUUCCGUUGGACACGGACGAACAGAAGGGCAACUUUGAUGCAUGGCCCAUGCCCUUCCGCAAGGUCAAGGGCGAGGGAGCCACCGAGGACAAGCCCAGGCUCAUUUUUGUCAUGCCCUGGAUGCAGAUGGGCGGCUCGGAGAAGUGCAUGCUGGACGUUGCCGAGCGACUCGUCAAAUUGGAUUGGCCACUCACAUUCGUGCUGACAAUGCCAUUCUGGCACCAAGACCCAUUGGGCGAGAUGGACCUCAAGCAUGAGUGGCUCGACAAGGCCUUGGCCAUUACGUCAGACGUCUUUGACAUUGUCAACUUGGCCCCCAACCACAAGUUCUCAAAAGUCCUUCGCUACUUGCUCGAGACGCGCCAGCCAGAUUACGUCCUCACCGGAAAUGCCCGCGUUAUUUACGAGCAUGCCGAGUUUAUCAAGGCCGUUUCCCCGAGGACCGUCAUUGCCGACUACAACCAUAUGGUCCACAUGGACUGGGAGGUCGAGAAGGGCAAAGGCGGCGGCAUGCCUCGCUACGGAACCACCUACUCGAAAUGGAUCGAUCUCCAUCUCACGGCCUCCGACAAUGUCACCAAGUCGAUGAAGACUUGGAUCGACCCGGACAUGCUCUCUGAAAACCCCGAAAAGGUCAAGACGUGCUACAUUGGAACCGACCCAUCCGCCUUGCACAGCGAAGAGUCCAAGGCCUCUGUGCGCGCCCAGAUGCGCAACGACCUCGAGCUGCACAAAGACGCCAUUGUAGUGCUAUUUGCUGGUCGCUUCGUCGCGGACAAGGGGAUUGACGUGAUGGGUGAGGUGCUCACGCGUGUCUCAGAGGACCCGGAGAUGGCCAAGCGUUUGUCGUUUGUGUUUGUGGGAUCCGGUGAGCUCAAGGACAUGCUCGAGGCUACGCAGAAGAAGCUGCAGGGGCGCGACCCGACGAUCAUCAUUCAGCCGCCUGCCGUUGGCAUUGCUGAGCUGCGCAACUACUAUGCCAUGGCUGACAUUUUCUUGCUUCCGUCCUCCAACGAAGGCAUUGCACUCGUGCUCUAUGAGGCGAUGGCGGCGGGGAUGCUUGUGAUGGGCACGGACGUUGGUGGUCAAAAGGAACUGAUCCGGACCAACACGGGUAUUCUACUUCCCAACCUCAACAGUGUGACCGGGUCGGCAUCGUUUAUCGUGCGGCAGUUGCAGGCGAUCACCAAGUUUACGCCAAUGUUUACCGACAUUCAAAAGGCAGGUACACUAGAGGUGCACAACCGGUUCACCACGGAGAAGUUCUGCGACUGUGUGGUAGACAACAUGGUGAGAGCCAAGGAGUCGCUGGAAAAGUCUUCCCCGAAUGGUGCGGAUGACAAGGCGAUCGAAGAACUGCGACCCAAGGUAGCGGAAAUCAUGAAGAACGAAAGGAUUCAUGGUCUAUGGAAUAGGGGUCAGGUGGACCGGACGAUUGAAAGCGAGGUGACGGUUGGGAUCAAGACGUACGUGUGCGACCCGUCGAUUGUGAGACAAGUGGUGGGUCUGGUGCGAUCGAUUCGGGUCAACUAUCCCAACGUGCGGAUCCUACUUGCCAACGACGGACCGACGCAAGUGGCCGACGCGCCGAUCAUCAAGAGCGAUCCCUUCACAGAGGAGAUUAUCCUACCUGCGGACUCUGGUAUCUCUAUCGGGCGCAACGUGAUGACGAACAUGUCGACGACGCGAUACUUUGUACUGCUCGAUGACGAUCACGUUUUCGACGAGGAUACGGACCUGAAGAUUGCAGUGGGCGGAAUCGGAAAGGAAGGAUUCGACGUGGUGGGAAUCCGAGUGAGGAACCUUCCCGGAAUCGAGGAACUGGAACGGAUCAGCAUUUUCAUUCCGCGGUACGUGGCGAAGAUCAGCAAGUUUGAAGACCGGACUGUGACUCUGUGUGUGUGGAACGAGAACAAUGGCCCCGGUGUGCAGACGAUGCGGACGCCAAUCCGGGUGGAUGUAUUGCACAACGCGCUGAUUGCACGGACGGAUGCACUACGGGCGCACCCAUGGCGGAACAUUCUCAAGGUGAAUGAGCACAUGACGUUCUUCCUGGACGCGCGAAGGGCCGGGGUCAAGGUGGGGUACCUGCCAUCCGUGUUUGUGCACCAUCGGGCACGGCGGUACUCGGCGUGCUACAAGCAGGUGCGGUUCCGAGAGGACAAGUACGAGCAGCUGCUAGAGUACAAGGACGACUACGAGUGGGACGGGCCGUGCGGCGACAACUUCCCUGCGGCAGUAACAGCGCACUUGGAGGCGACAAAAGGCAAGUAG